GAAGGGACCGUGAGGGCUAACUUGGGGGACGCAGGCCUCGGCACGGGCAGAAGCAGCCCGCAGGGCCCGGAACCUUCGGCCGCCGCCGCCCACAUUCGCGGCGGGACACGACCGGGGAACCCCUCCUCUGUUGCUAAGGGGCGGCCCGGAAGUGACGCUUUGUUGACAGCACACCCGCAGCCACAGGCUCUCGAAGCGGUCGAAGCAGGACCGGGGGGAGGGGCUGGGCCCAGAGCCAGCAGCCGGCGGCCCUCAGCGGCCCGAGGGCAAGGGAACGGCCUCCGUCCGGGACUCCGGCCGCUGCAUUCCCGCCCUGCCCCGCCCCGCCCCGCCGACCGGACCCGGACCAGAUCCGACCUCCUGCGGGGCUCUGGCAGCGGAUUCCCCAGGGCCGCGGCCUCUGCUUGCUGUGGCUCUGCCAAUGAUCUUGUGAGUGUUGAGAAUUUAUAGUUUCCCUUGUGGGUCCACCCUAGAGUGGCCACCUGUCUUCUCCCAGCAUGGCGUCCGACACACCUGAGUCCCUGAUGGCCCUCUGUACCGACUUCUGUCUCCGGAAUCUCGAUGGCACCCUGGGCUACCUGCUGGACAAGGAGACCCUGCGACUGCAUCCAGACAUCUUCCUGCCCAGCGAAAUCUGUGACCAGCUGGUCAAUGAGUACGUGGAGCUGGUCAGUGCUGCCUGCACCUUUGAGCCCUACGAGACUUUCUUCAGCCUCUUCUCAGACCCCCGCAGCACCCGCCUCACUCGGAUCCACCUCCGUGAGGACCUGGUACAGGACCAGGACCUGGAGGCCAUUCGCAAGCAGGACCUGGUGGAGCUGUACCUGACCAACUGCGAGAAGCUGUCUGCCAAGAGCCUGCAGACACUGCGGAGCUUCAGCCACAGCCUGGUGUCUCUGAGCCUCUUCGGCUGCUCCAACAUCUUCUAUGAGGAGGACAACCCAGGGGGUUGCGAGGACGAGUGUCUCGUCAACCCCACCUGCCAGGUGCUGGUCAAGGACUUCACCUUUGAAGGCUUCAGCCGCUUGCGUUUCCUCAACCUGGGCCGCAUGAUUGAUGGUGUCCCCGUGGAGUCACUGCUUCGGCCACUCAACUCACUGGCUGCCUUGGACCUCUCAGGCAUCCAGACAAGUGAUGCCACCUUCCUAACACAGUGGAAGGACAGUCUGAUGUCCCUUGUGCUCUACAACAUGGACCUUUCAGAUGAGCACAUCCGUGUGAUCGUCCAGCUGCACAAGCUGCGCCACCUGGACAUCUCCCGAGACCGCCUCUCCAGCUACUACAAGUUCAAACUGACGCGGAAGGUUCUCAGCCUCUUGGUGCAGAAGCUGGGGAAUCUGAUGUCCCUAGACAUCUCUGGCCACAUGAUCCUAGAGAACUGCAGCAUCUCCAAGAUGGAGGAGGAGGCAGGGCAGACCAGCACCGAGCCUUCCAAGAGCAGCAUCAUGCCUUUCCGGGCUCUGAAGAGGCCAUUGCAGUUCCUCGGGCUCUUUGAGACCUCCUUGUGUCGCCUCACACACAUUCCAGCCUACAAAGUAAGCGGUGACAAAAAUGAAGAGCAAGUGCUGAACGCCAUCGAGGCCUACACAGAACACCGGCCUGAGAUCACUUCCAGGGCCAUCAACCUGCUGUUCGACAUUGCACGCAUUGAGCGCUGCAACCAGCUUCUGCGGGCCCUGAAGCUGGUCAUCACAGCUCUCAAGUGCCACAAGUACGACAAGAACAUUCAAGUGACCGGCAGUGCUGCCCUCUUCUACCUGACCAAUUCCGAGUACCGCUCAGAGCAGAGUGUCAAACUGCGCCGACAGGUCAUCCAGGUGGUGCUGAAUGGCAUGGAGUCCUACCAGGAGGUGACGGUGCAGCGGAACUGCUGUCUGACCCUUUGCAACUUCAGCAUCCCCGAGGAACUGGAGUUCCAGUACCGCCGAGUGAACGAGCUCCUGCUUAGCAUCCUCAGCCCCACCCGGCAGGACGAGUCCAUCCAGCGCAUUGCUGUGCACCUGUGUAAUGCCCUGGUCUGUCAGGUGGACAAUGACCACAAGGAAGCUGUGGGCAAGAUGGGCUUCGUCGUGACCAUGUUGAAGCUGAUCCAGAAGAAGCUGCUGGACAAGACGUGUGACCAGGUCAUGGAGUUCUCCUGGAGUGCCCUGUGGAACAUCACAGACGAGACACCCGACAACUGCGAGAUGUUCCUCAGCUUCAAUGGCAUGAAGCUCUUUCUCGACUGCCUCAAGGAGUUCCCAGAGAAGCAGGAGCUGCACCGGAACAUGCUGGGACUCUUGGGGAAUGUGGCGGAGGUAAAGGAGCUGCGGCCUCAGCUGAUGACCUCUCAGUUCAUCAGCGUCUUCAGCAACCUGCUGGAAAGCAAGGCUGAUGGCAUUGAGGUUUCUUACAAUGCCUGUGGUGUCCUGUCCCACAUCAUGUUCGAUGGGCCCGAGGCCUGGGGUGUCUGUGAGCCCCAGAGGGCCGAGGUGGAGGAGCGUAUGUGGGCAGCCAUCCAGAGCUGGGACAUCAACUCCCGGAGGAAUAUCAACUACAGGUUUGAGAUGGGAAGGUCCUUUGAGCCCAUUCUCCGCCUCCUUCCUCAGGGCAUCUCCCCAGUCAGCCAGCACUGGGCCACCUGGGCCCUAUACAAUCUUGUGUCUGUCUACCCUGACAAAUACUGCCCCCUGCUGAUCAAAGAAGGUGGGAUGCCCCUGCUGAGGGACUUGAUCAAGAUGGCCACUGCCCGACAGGAAACCAAGGAGAUGGCCCGCAAGGUGAUUGAGCACUGCAGUAACUUUAGAGAGGAGAACAUGGACACGUCCAGAUAGAGGCCUCCACCCAUGGCCACACAGCCUGGACCACAGGACCGGAGGAAGCGCUGGAGUCCAGUGGGCAGGUCCCUUGCAGAGCCUCCCGCUGGAUGAAGAGACAGUGAGGACUUUUGCACAGCUGACGCUUUUCCUUAAUGCUAGUGAGAUAUAUAUUACAUAUAUAUUAUUUUUUUUUUUUGGUUAGGAAGUGUGAAGUUUUGUGUGUAUGACUUCUCCUAAGUCUCCGCAGCUCCUUGCCUCUCUCAGCCCACCUCCAAGCUUUCGUUGCUGCCGUGUUCACUCCCGCCCCAGCCAGGCUUGCCUCAAAUGCUGUGAGUGUCCAGUCCCUUCCCAGUGAGCUCAGAUCCUGGCCUGGCUUCUGUCUGUUGUGGGAGGAGCUGGCCCUUGCCAGGCUGCUCAGCAUCCCAGGUGUCUGCCUGAGUGCCCUGUCUGGCUCCAGGUGAAGUUGGUGGGGUUUGGGGAUUGAGACCAGCUCUGCGGAGUCUGCAGAAGCCUUGGUGCUCCGGGCUGUGAGCCAACCGGGGUCGGAGAGGAAGCUGUUCCCAGGCCUCAGGCUAAGCAGCUCCUGGCCAGAGAACCCUGGAGAAGCAGGGCUGUGUUGGCCCACUGCUCUCUGGCCAGGCCUGCCUGUGGCCAUGCUGCUAUGGAGACCAUCUCAUGUCUCCCUCAGGCCCCAGGCUUUUGAAGGCUCCAGCCCCAAGAUGGUCAGAAUUCAGGGGCAAUUCCACUGCCCCUUCUGCCAAACAUGCCCCAACCUACCCCAGCUCUGGCAGCUGGCACUUUCCAGGACCAGGGUCUUGCUUCUUUUUCUGUAGCCCUCAUCUGCCCACAGCACCCCAGUGCCCAGAUACUCCCACCAGCAGAGCUGAGCCCACCCCCUGCCCAGAAGGUAGAAGGCAGGAGGUCCCCACUCCAGCCUCUCACAGUGGCAGCGGACAGCCAUCUACAGACCAGCACUGGGCCAGUUCUCUGUCCCUCCAGUCCACUCAGGCUGUCCCUGAGAAGCUGCUGUGUUGUGUGACAGGCUGCUCUCUAGGUGUCUCCUGCACCCUCUCACUGUAUCUCAGCAUUGCUUCUCGUUGGCACAGGACUGCUGAGGAGGCCUGUGCUCACAGGGAGAAAAGCUCACCCGGGAGGCAGCUUUUGGUAUGACUUUUUCUGCCCUCUUGCUUCUCUGGGCCUGUUCUUUGAUUCUUCUGGCCUGGCAUAUCUGCCUCCAGGCAGAAGUGGCCCGGCUGUUCCAAAAACUCAGGGAGAGGUAACUGACCUCUCCUGAGGAGACUGUCUCCCCGGCCAGGCUAGAGGGCUUAGCCGUGUACUUCUCCCACGCAGCACUUGGGCAACCCCAGCCCCUCCUUUCCAUCCCGAGCCCUUCUGGCAGCAGCCAGACCAUGAGCAGAGUUCAUAUCCCAUCGCUUACCACCUGGGGUCUGGGUAAAUGUCUGUACUUUGGGGUAUCACAGAAAUACAUUUUUGUGCAAAGUG